AUGAGAGAAAUACUAUUAGAAUGGAUAGUUGAAGUUCAUUAAAAAUUUUAACUAAAGGGGGAAACAUUAUUUAUAACUGUAAAUUUAAUUGACAGAUAUCUAGAAAAAGUACCAAUUUCAAAGUUCAAGAAAUUCUAAAGAAAAAAAAAAACUUAAGAAAAAAAAGAAAAAAAAAUUUAAGGCGAAGAUUUAUAAGAAGUCCAAAAAAAUAUAGAUCAAAAAAAUUAAAAUUUAGAGCCUAGUCAAGAACAAAAAAAAAAUUAAGAAGAAAAUAAAAAAGUACAUGAAAACAAAAAAGAAUAACCAGAUUAAAAAGAAAAUGAAAAUAAGAAAGAAUAAGAAAACGAUAAUAAAUAAGAAUAAGAAAAUGAAAAAUAAGAAGCUAAUUAAGAAUAAGAUGAUGAAAAUAAAGAUGAUAACAAAAAUAAGCAUAAGAAGUAUAAUAAAAAAAAUUAAAAAAAACAAUAAGAAACUGGAUAAGGAUUUUUCAGCUCUUAAUCAUUUUUGAAUUUAAUUAUUCUUUUCGGAGGAUAUUAAUUAGCUUAAAUUUUUUUUGAAUAUCUUAGUCAAUAAAAUAUUUUGGAUUAUAAAACAUUUUAUUAUACAUAUUUAGAAAAAUAAUUAGUAAAAAAAAUUGUUAUUGUAACUGAUAAUAGAUAUUAAGAUCAUAUCAAGUUUACAGCAAAAAUUAUUACUAAAGAUGAUUAAGUUAAAAUUUUAGAAAUAGUCGACUCUAAUAGUUUUUUGGAAAGUUUGGAAGAUUUUUAAACUAAAAGAGGUAUUCCUCUAGAAUAAUUUAUUUAAAUUGAAUUUGAAUAUGUUUAAGAUUACACAAGAUACUUAGCAAUAUUUAAUGAUAGUUUCUUAUAUCUAUUUCUUUUUGGAGUUUUUCUAAAUGUAUUAAGGAGACCAGAAAAAUUUUAAUAAAUAAGAAAUUUAUUUGGUGAUUAGGUUGGUUAAGGUACAAAAAUAAAAGAAUUCAAAUCUGAAAAAGUAAGUGUAAAAUUCAAAGAUGUUGCGGGUUAAGAUGAAGCUAAAAAAGAAAUUAUGGAAUUCGUAGACUUUUUAAAAAAUCCAAAAAAAUACGAAUUUAUUGGUGCUAAAAUACCUAAAGGGGCGCUACUUACUGGACCUCCAGGCACAGGAAAAACAUUAUUAGCUAAAGCAUGCGCAGGUGAAGCAGAAGUACCAUUUUUCUUUAUGUCAGGAAGUGAUUUUGUAGAAAUGUUCGUAGGCGUAGGAGCAUCUCGGGUAAGAGAUUUAUUCUAAAAAGCAAAAGAGAAAUCUCCUUCAAUAAUAUUUAUAGACGAAAUAGAUGCUGUUGGAAAAAAAAGAGAAGACCGUUAAGGAGGAGGAGGAAACGACGAAAGAUCCAACACUUUAAAUUAACUUUUAGUUGAAAUGGAUGGAUUUUCUUCAGAAAGUAAAGUUAUUAUUUUAGCAGCUACAAAUAUGAAAGAGCUUUUAGACCCUGCAUUGGUUAGACCAGGAAGGUUUGAUAGAUAAAUUGAAAUUACAAAUCCAGACAUUGAGGGUAGAAAGGAAAUUUUCUUGGUACAUUUAAAGCCUCUUAAACUUGACCCUUCGAAAUCUAUUGAAGAAUAUGCGAGAAGAUUGGCUAGUUUGACUCCUGGGUUUAGUGGAGCCGAUAUUAUGAAUUUAUGUAAUGAAGCGGCUAUUUUAGCAGCUAGAUAGAAUAAAAAAACAGUUGAAGGUAUUGAUUUUGAAAUGGCGACAGAAAGAGUAUUAGCUGGUAUUGAAAAAAAAUAAAAAUAAGAUGAAGGUGAAAGAAAAAUAAUAGCCAUUCAUGAAUCUGGGCAUGCUGUUUGUAGCUGGUUUUUAGAAGGGGGAGAUCCACUUUUAAAACUUACUAUAAUACCAAGAAGUAAAGGGUCUUUAGGAUUUGCUUAAUAUUUACCAAAUGAAAGUUCUUUAUAAAGUAAAGAAGAAUUAUUAGAUAAGUUAUGUUGCAUGUUGGGUGGUAGAGUUGCUGAAGAACAUUUUUUUGGCAAAAUUACUACUGGUGCAUAUGAUGAUUUGUAGAAAGUUUAUAAAGUUAGUUAUGCAUUGGUUACUAAAUAUGGGAUGAGUAAAAAAGUUGGGUAUGUUGGAUUAAAAGAUGGGGAUUUUCAAAAUGCUUUUAGUGAUUAUACAAAUAGAAUUAUUGAUGAAGAAAUAUUUUAACUAAUUAAACAACAAACAGAUAGAACUCGUUAAAUAAUUAAAGAAAAAGAAAAAGAAAUCAAGUUAUUAAGUGAGGAAUUAUUAAAAAAAAAACACUUGAUUUGGCUUAAAUUAGAUUAAAUUUUGGGAGAAAGACCAUUCUAACCUAAAUCUAAUUUCAAAGCUUAUUUAGAAAUAAAUGAUGAAAUGUAAAAAGAAAAAGAAAAAUUAGAGUAAGCAGAGUUUUGA